UCCAGGAUGAGUCUCUCUGCUAAAGAGAAAAACAUCGUAAGAACCUUCUUCGCAAAGGCCUCUAGUCUGACGGAGGAGAUAGGGAAUGAUGCUCUGUCCAGAAUGCUGGUCGUCUACCCUCAGACCAAGACCUACUUUGCCCACUGGAAAGACCUGAGCCCCGGCGCUCCUAUGGUACGGAAGCACGGGAAGACAGUCAUGGAUGGUGUCCUGUACGCUGUUGAAAAAAUAGAUGACCUCGUCGGUGGCCUUCUAACCCUCAGCGAGCUGCACGCCUUCAUGCUGCGAGUGGAUCCUCAAAACUUCAAGAUCUUGUCCCACAACAUUCUUGUGGUGCUAGCCAUAACGUUCCCGGAUGACUUCACCCCUGAGGUCCACGUCGCUGUUGACAAGUUUCUUGUCAAUCUGGCCUUGGCUUUGUCUGAGAAGUACCGCUGA